GAUCGAUUAACUGUUCUUUAACCAACAUGGAGGCCACACAAGUACUGCUGCUGCUCCUCUCUUUGGCGACGAUUCUUUGGGUCCCGAUCUCGGGCUGCUCCCAGGCCUGCCAUCCGUUUACCGGUCUAAAUGCCUGCCGCGAUCCUGGCAUCACGGAGCCGAAACUGCCGCCCCGCGAUAAUGCCUGUUGCGGCCCCCACUGUGUUUAUACGUCACCCAAUAGAGAAGGUACUUGCUCUAAUACAAAGACGAAUCGCUGUCUCUUGGACACAAGUUGUUCGAACGGAUUGGCAUUUAACUUCGUUUGCAUCUCUGGCUGUGAACUCCAGACUGUCAACGAGGGAAGAAUCAAAAAGGGGUUCGCACCUUUGCUACCUUUUAACUACAAGAAGACCGUUUGCAACGAACUCAACAAGAAGUGUGGCAUCAAUUGCUGUUGCCGCGAGUUCUGUCCGAAAAAGUUUUGUAAAUUUUAAUAAAUAUUUUUAAAAAAAGUUA